AUGCACCUCCAUCUAGGUAACACCGCUCAAGCGUUCGAUCUAAUGAGGAGGAUAUCACAAAGUGGAAAAGGGGUAAGAGAAGGAUGUUCGUUUUUAUGUGAAGAUGUGGGAUUAUGGGCUGUGCUGGCUGUGGCAGCGUAUCGAAAUGAUCCAGAAGAUGCAAAGAUCUCAUUAUCUCUCAAUAAGAUAAUUAGUUCUUUCGAACAUUGUAAGAAGGCAGAUGCAUAUGACGAGUUGUUGUAUGGUAGAGUAGGUUAUCUCUACGCUCUUCAAUUUUUACGUUCCCACAUCCCACCUUCAAAACUUCCCCCGGAGAUCUCAACUUUGGCUAAAGAGACAGUCAAAUUGAUCUUGCAAUCCGGUAUAUCCACAUCCUCAUCCUCAUUUACGCAAUCGCAUGGAGAUCCAUCAUUGCUGUAUAAAUGGCACGGUAAGACAUACUUAGGUGCCGCACAUGGUAUAUCAGGAAUAUUGACCAUCCUGAUGAGGGAACAUCGGAUAUUCCACCAUGGGCAUCUUCUCAUUGAAGGAAAUUUGAGUAUGAUUGAGCGAACGGUAGAUUGGUUAAUUUGUCAGCGUGACAACGAAGGGAACUUCCCGUCAAGUCUAGAGAGUUCAGGUGGAAAGGAGUUAGUACAGUUCUGUCACGGUAAUCCAGGCUUGAUCCUUGUGUUAGGAGAAGGAUGUAAAUUAUUUGGUAAGAGAAAGAAUGAUUGGAUGGAAGUGGCGGUGAGAGCGGGAGAGGUGGUUUGGGAGAAAGGGUUGUUGAGAAAGGGAGUUGGUCUUUGUCAUGGAAUUUCCGGAAACGCUUUUGCCUUGGGAGCUUUGUAUGAUCUGACUGGGGAUGACAAAUGGCUGCAGCGUACCCAAGCAUUCUCCAGCAUAGCCCUUAACAUCGUAAAAGGUGAUAGCGAUCAACGUACAUCCACGCCAGAUCACCCAUAUAGCCUCUAUGAAGGGAUGGCAGGAUUAGCUUGGCUGAUCGAUGAUCUCGUCAAAGAUCAAAUCGGUGGCUUCCCCGCUUUCACCGAUACAGAGUAUACAUGA